AUGGAGGAGGCGAUGGACAAGGGGGGCGACAUGGCCUCGGUGAGCGACUUCGACCCCAUCGCGGGCAGCAUCCCGGCCACCAAGGUGGAGCUCACCGUCUCCUGCAGGCACCUCUUGGACAAGGACACCUUCUCCAAGUCUGACCCAAUGUGUGUGCUGUAUACCCAGGGGAUAGAGACCAAGCAGUGGAGAGAGUUUGGCAGGACCGAGGUCAUCGACAACACCCUGAACCCUGACUUUGUGCGCAAGUUCAUCCUCGACUACUUCUUUGAAGAGAAACAAAGCCUGCGCUUCGAUCUGUACGACGUGGAUUCCAAAAGCCCUGACCUCUCGAAGCAUGAUUUCCUGGGCCAGGCGUUCUGCACAUUGGGGGAGAUCGUCGGCUCGGCAGGAAGCCGCCUGGAGAAGCCGCUGACGAUGGGAGCGUUCACGUUACAUUCCAGAACAGGGAAGCCCACACCGUCCGUCUCCAACGGUGGGAUUCCAGGGAAAAAGUGUGGCACCAUCAUCCUGUCGGCCGAGGAACUGGGCAACUGCCGGGACGUGGCCACAAUGCAGUUCUGUGCCAACAAGCUGGACAAGAAAGAUUUCUUCGGGAAGUCCGACCCCUUCAUGGUGUUCUACCGAAGCAACGAGGAUGGAACCUUCACCAUCUGCCACAAAACGGAAGUGGUUAAGAACACACUCAACCCUGUGUGGCAGGCAUUCUCCAUCCCUGUGCGAGCCCUCUGCAAUGGAGACUACGACAGGACCAUCAAGGUGGAAGUGUACGACUGGGACCGGGACGGCAGCCACGACUUCAUUGGGGAGUUCACAACCAGCUACCGGGAGCUGGCCCGCGGGCAAAGCCAGUUCAACGUCUACGAGGUGGUGAAUCCCAAAAAGAAAAUGAAAAAAAAGAAAUACAUUAACUCGGGAACAGUGACGCUGCUCUCAUUCACCGUGGAGUCAGAGUACACCUUCCUGGAUUACAUCAAAGGAGGGACACAGAUCAAUUUCACAGUGGCCAUUGACUUCACAGCUUCCAAUGGCAACCCCUCGCAAUCCACCUCCCUGCACUACAUGAACCCGUACCAGCUCAACGCCUACGCCAUGGCACUGAAGGCGGUGGGCGAGAUCAUCCAGGACUACGACAGCGACAAGAUGUUCCCCGCACUCGGGUUCGGAGCCAAAAUCCCUCCUGAUGGGCACGUGUCCCACGAGUUCCCCCUGAACGGCAACGCCGACAAUCCGUACUGCAGCGGGAUCGAGGGCAUCCUAGAAGCCUAUCACAAGAGCCUCAAGACUGUCCAGCUGUACGGCCCAACUAACUUCGCCCCAGUGGUCAACCAUGUGGCUAGAUACGCCACCACUGAACAGGACGGCUCCCAGUAUUUCGUACUCCUGAUCAUCACAGACGGGGUGAUAUCGGACAUGGCCCAGACGAAGGAAGCCAUCGUCAAUGCUGCCAAGCUGCCAAUGUCCAUCAUCAUCGUGGGAGUUGGGCAGGCCGAAUUUGACGCCAUGGUGGAGCUGGAUGGUGAUGACAUCAGAAUCUCGUCCCGAGGGAAGAUCGCUGAGCGAGACAUUGUCCAGUUUGUUCCAUUCCGGGAUUACAUCGACCGCACCGGGAACCACGUCCUGAGCAUGGCCCGCUUGGCCAAAGAUGUCCUGGCUGAGAUCCCAGACCAGUUCAUUUCCUACAUGAAGGGACGUGGCAUCAAGCCAAACCCAGCGCCCCCUGCAUACACCCCAACCAGCCCCACCCUUCAGACGCAGAUCUGA